AAAUUAGAUUUAAUUCCCAAAAUUGAAAAUUUGCCCAAAAAUCUCACGGUCCGGCUUUCUCUCUCCCUCGACUACUCUCUCGUAAUCGUGUUGCUUUGGGCAUGGCAAACUCUGAAACUAUCUCUCACUCUCACUCACUCUUCCCUUCAGCAGCUUAUUCUAACCUAGAAAGUCAUUCUCAUACCUUUCUUUUCCACUUCCUCGAUAGAGUUCUUAGGCAGUGAGUAGUAAUCCCUUAUCUGCCUUUUCAAAUUCGACCCUUUUUUUUUUUUUUUUUUAACUUGAUUUUGAAGCUUCUGGAUUUUCGCAUUCUUCUUCAGUCUUUACCCACUGCAUAUAAGUUCCUGCCCAAGGCCUAACCAAGAGAGAGUAAGAUGAGCGUCAGUGAUCUGCCAAGGACGGAGGUGAACGUGCUGAGAGGUCAUGAAGGAGCAGUAUUAGCUGCAAGAUUCAACAGCGAUGGCAACUACUGCUUGAGCUGCGGCAAGGACCGCACCAUUCGUCUAUGGAACCCCCAUCGUGGCAUUCACAUCAAGACCUACAAAUCUCAUGGUCGCGAAGUCCGAGAUGUCCAUGUGACCCUGGACAACUCGAAGCUGUGUUCUUGUGGAGGUGACCGUCAAAUCUUCUAUUGGGAUGUAUCCACUGGACGUGUUAUUCGAAAGUUCCGUGGUCAUGAUGGGGAAGUGAAUGCUGUAAAGUUUAACGAGUAUGCAUCAGUUGUUGUCUCAGCUGGUUAUGAUCAGUCUUUGCGGGCUUGGGACUGUAGGUCUCACAGCACAGAACCAAUUCAGAUCAUUGACUCGUUUUCAGAUAGUGUCAUGUCUGUUUGUUUGACAAAGACUGAAAUUAUUGGUGGAAGUGUUGAUGGAACUGUUCGAACAUUUGAUCUGCGUAUUGGUAGAGAAAUAUCCGAUGACUUGGGGCAACCUGUCAACUGUAUCUCAAUGUCAAAUGAUGGUAACUGCAUUUUAGCUGGUUGCUUAGAUUCAACUUUACGUCUUUUGGAUAGGUCUACUGGUGAACAACUGCAAGAAUAUAAAGGUCAUACUUGUAAGUCUUAUAAACUGGAUUGUUGCCUUACCAACGAUGAUGCACAUGUAACUGGUGGAUCUGAAGAUGGCUUCAUUUACUUUUGGGAUUUGGUAGAUGCAUCUGUAGUAUCAAGGUUCCGAGCUCAUGCCUCAGUGGUAACAAGUGUGAGUUAUCACCAGAAGGACAACUGUAUGAUUACUGCCUCUGUGGAUGGCACAAUCCGGACGUGGAAAACAUGAGACUGCAAUGAAGUAUGAGUUUUCACCUGAGGAACAACGGACAAGAAGAUACCACCCGGUCACAAACACCCUUGAGCUGUGGAAAUGAAAAUGUUCUUAAUGAAGCUUAUCAUCCGAACUUAUUUUGCAGCUGUUAUUCCAGUACCAGGAAUUCUGAAAAUUCCUCUUAUUCCUACUUUCUGUUGUUGAUGAGCAUGAUAUUGGUUCUCCAGUCCAAGUUUAUUAAUGCACUGUACCAUCAUAUGUUUGCGCUGCAUCAACUAUAUUGCAUCCUAAUGCAUGACUUGUGAUACAUAUGUCUAGGAAAUGGGAAUAGUUUCCAUUUGAUAUAUGUGAUAUUUACUUGUUCUCAAAUUUAUCAAACGCCUCACAAAAGAUACAAAGUAGAAUAUCUUUCUCUGAUUACAAAA